GAUCCCUCGCCUCGCCUCGUCUCACCAUCUACGGUCCUCCAGCUAGUAGCUAACCUAUCCAACAGUAAAAGGCAAAGCUCACACUUAGACGGGAGUAAAAAGAGUGCGAGUGAAGUGAGUGAUAGAGAGAGAGGCCUAGUAGCUGAUCUAGCCGUGCGUGGGUUCCUUUUAAAGUAAAACGAGCUUACAAGCUUGUGCUCCCUCCCGUCCAUCUCCUUCCUGCUGCUAGCUAGCUGCUUCCUCUCCUCUCUCCUCCAAGCUCCUUCAACUGGCCAGCCACUCACUAGCUAGCCGUGUCUUAGAUUGGUUGGGCGCAGCAAGAGAGAGUAAGGACUCGUAAUAGGUUAGCUGGGAUCCAUGCCUUGCUCGUCGGUGUCUCCUCCGUGGCUGCUCCGCGUGGCGGCCGAGCAGGCUGCAGCCGCAGCGUCGUCGUCUUCCUCGUCGACCAAGGGCGGCGGGCGCGUGCUCACGGCCACCAUGGACGACACGGGCGCCACCACGGGAGCCGCCGGAGGAUACAACAACAACGGGCAGCAGGAGAGCUGCAGCAGCGGGCAGUCCUCGAGGCAGCAGCAGCAGCUGGCUGCCCGCGGCCACUGGCGCCCCGCCGAGGACGCCAAGCUCCGCGAGCUCGUCGCCCUCUACGGGCCCCAGAACUGGAACCUCAUCGCCGAGAAGCUCGACGGCAGAUCCGGGAAGAGCUGCAGGCUGCGGUGGUUCAACCAGCUGGACCCGCGGAUCAGCAAGCGGCCGUUCAGCGACGAGGAAGAAGAGCGGCUGAUGGGGGCGCACCGGUUCUACGGGAACAAGUGGGCCAUGAUCGCCAGGCUCUUCCCGGGCCGCACCGACAACGCCGUCAAGAACCACUGGCACGUCAUCAUGGCCCGCAAGUACCGCGAGCAGUCCACCGCAUACCGCAGGCGGAAGCUCAACCAGGCCGUCCAGCGGAAGCUCGACUCCUCAUCCUCCUCUUCCGUCCUGCCGUUGUCUACAGCCGCCGCCGGACCAGGAGCCGGGCACGUCGACUUCCAACAGCAGCAGUUCGACUACUCCGCCGGCGCCGAUGGGUUCAGCUUCCGGCACUACUGCUUCCCGCCUUUCCACGGAGGCUCAGGCGCCGCCGCCAUCGCUGCAGCCUCGGUCCAGGAGCCUUCCUUCUGCCUGUUCCCCGGGCCCAGCGCGGCAUUGGUGCACGACGGGCGCCUGAUGACCGGCUGGGGAGGAGGUGAUCAAGGGAUGGGCCUCGCCCGGUACGGUGAUGCUCCGCCGCCGUUCCUGCUGCCGGCGUCGCACGGCGGCUGGAUCGCCGGCGGCGGCAGCCAUCAUGAGUUGGCGCGGUUCAUCUCCGACGAGGCAAUAAAUGGACCGCCGGCGGGCGCGGCGAGGGAUCAUCAGCAGCAGCAGCAGCAGCAGGGCGCGCACUUCGACUUCGACCAGGCCGCGGCGUCGCCGACAUUCAUAGAUUUCCUUGGGGUCGGCGCCACAUGAUCGAUCGAUACACCGACGCACGCACGCAUGCAUUGAUCCAUCGAUUCGAUGCAGAUUUAUGCUCUAUACUUAUCAAUUAGCACAAGCGUGAGUGCAUGCAUGCAAGCAGGAGGUGGAUCUAGCUAGGACGGGUACUAGCUCUAGCUUCUAGUUAGCUCGCUGUAAAACUACACAUGCUUGGCAAGCUUGCAGUCUUAGUGCUGCUCCUCGAUCUAGCUAGAUAAAAGCUGCAUGUGUAGUAUAACUAGUAUAGGUAUGUUCUGUCUGAGGUAGAUCAAGUUAGGAAUUUGUAGCUGGCCAAGGUUGUGUUUGAUUUGGAACUUUUUGGUGGAGGAAGGAGCAUGAACUUUGAUUAUUUGGGAUUUACUA